AUGUUCAAAUUUGUUGUUAUCUGCGCCUUGUUGGCUACCGCCGCCACCGCUCAACGUCACGGUCAUGGUCACGGUUUUGGACAUGGCAAUGCUGGACAUGGUGUCAGCAAAUCCAGCGAUGAUGUUCAUGCUGAAAUCCUCUCAGCCGAUUCUGAUGUACGUGCCGAUGGUUUCGAUUACCAUUUGGAAACCACCAAUGCCAUCAGUGCCAAGGCUAGCGGUGAUGCUUACGGCAAUGUCCAUGGUGAUUUCCAAUGGAUUUCCCCUGAAGGUGAACAUAUCGCAGUAAGCUAUGUUGCCGAUGAAAAUGGCUACCAACCCAACAGCGCUGUCUUGCCCACCCCACCACCAAUUCCAGCUGCCAUCUUGAAAUCUUUGCAAUACAUUGCCAGCCAUCCACCCAAACAAGAAGUCCAACACGGUCGUAGAUUCUAAGAACAUUUUA